AUGCGCUGCUUCUGGCUGGCGGUGCUCGUCCUGACCCUGGUGACCCCGGGCCAAGGCCACUGGGCCUCGUCCCGCCGCGGUCAGAACCGCCGCCUGGCGGGCGUCUCCGUCGCCGAGACGGUCCCGGACAUCUCGGCCGCCCAAUGUCAGCUGGUCUGCCUGCAGCGUGGUGACUGCCGCAGCUUCAACCACCACCGGGUGGACGCCGUCUGCGAGAUCUUCACCGCCACCGCCUGCGACCACUACGACUACUACGUCACCGGCGCCGACGGCUGGACCUGGUACGACGCCGUCUCCGAUCCGUCCCAGGAGUCCAAAAGCCAGCUGUGGACUGACAGCAUCUGCACGGACGGCGGCCGCUGCCGGGACGACAUCUGCCUGCGCAGGCUGGAUGAGCCGUGUCGGGAGCACAACCAGUGUCGGUACCACGUCACUGGCGGCACACAGUGUUCGUCCAGCAAGUGUGUCUGCGACUCGGCAGGCUGGAAGUACAACACCACACUCUGCGAGAAGGCCAACAUCGAGCUCACCACCGACGGCGAACACUGGGUGUUCAAGAAACUGGUCAAUGGGAUCUGUUCCAUGGAGUUCGACGCGCAGGCCACUGACGACCUACGGUUUGUGCUCACUGAGUCCAACACACAUUACUCCAACCGCUACCACUUUCGGAUCGGCUACAAUGGCAACAGCGCCACCUACGUCGAGAGGAUUCAGGAGGGUGUCAGGAGUAACACUUUCGCCUCCCACUCAGGCGCUUUGCUGGACGGCAACAACUACCGCAGGUACGGAUUGCACUGGUGCAGCGGCCAGAUACGCUUCUACAGGCCAGGAAUCGAGACCUACAUCAGCUGGGACGACCCGGAGCCCUUCUCGCCCGGCUACAUCGGUAUCUUCACCGUGCUGCAGGGACGGUGGCGCUUUCCAAAGGACAUGGUGGACCUCUGGAUGGGAGACUGGUCCGAUGACCGCGUCUACACCAUACCCAGGCACUCAACGGUGCUCCGCCGCGCGACGGAGCAGACCUUCACGGUGAAGUUCGACUGCAGCGUCUCCUACGACUGCAGCUGGCUCGCCAGCGACACCGUGCUCUGGGACAACUCCCACAUGUACCUCAUCGUAAUCGGAGGCUGGGGCAACGAGCAGAGCAGGGUCAGGCGCCACACCCCCGGACGCGGAUGGUGGUCCCUGGCUUCCAAAAACACGCCCAGUAUCGUCAGCCGGAGUGAGAUGCGCACGUUCCGCAUUCGUUUCGAGCCCGGCCGGAUCCGCGUGUAUAAAAACAAUGCGAAAACCGCGUUCCUGGACGCGACCGACCCGUCCCCGAUCACCAUCAACUUCCACGGUCCGCGCAGCUGCUGCGACAGCGCCGGCAUGGACGUGCGACUGGUCAAGUACGACCGCAGCUGGAGCUACGAGGACGGCUUCCGCUGGAACGAGGGCCUGCUGUAGGUGCUGC